AUGUCGAUGGGGCAGCGACUCGUCGAAGAAGGCGGUCAAGUACUGGGGCCGCGCUUGGAGCAUCCGCUCUCUGCACAGAAAGACGAGGAAAGAGCGCGACUCGCACGCCCAGCCAAACACGGGGGAGGUGGAGAACUAGAGCGAGACGCAGGCGAGGGCAGGUUCGGCAGGAUAAGCACGAUAUGCAGGAGGGAAGGAGUGCAGGACGCGCAGGAAGCGUCAAAUGGUUAA